GAGAGAGAGAGAUGGAGAGAGGCAGGGAGGGAGAGCGCACGAACAGUGUUGCCGUUACUGUCAGCUGUGGAACGGUCCAGUCAUCAAUGGACAGGGUACACACGUAGCAUAGCCUCUUUCAAUGUACCUUUAUUUCUGCUAUGAAACGGAGGGAAGUAUAAUCAAAUCCGGUUACCUAGUUUCGCUUUCAUCGUUUAUAUUGCAGAUUGAAAUGGAGACGACGUUGUGUUAGCGCGCGCUAUUGAUUAGACUCCAAUAGGCUUUAUUCCUUGCGGAAUAUUUGUUUGAUCUCAACCAUAUAUUAACAAUGAUGGAGUAUUGGAGGCAGUGUGCAUUAUGGCUGAUCAACUGCAAGGUGCUACCACCCAACCAUCGGGUAACAUGGGAGUCCGCCCAGGUAUUCGACCUGGCUCAGACACUCCGAGAUGGAGUGCUCCUGUGUCAGCUUCUCAACAACCUCCGACCCCAGUCCAUCAACCUCAAAGAGAUUAAUCUCAGACCGCAGAUGUCACAGUUCCUGUGCUUGAAGAACAUCAGGACAUUUCUCUCCGCCUGCUAUGAGAUAUUUGGCAUGAAGAAGAGUGAACUCUUUGAGGCCUUCGACUUGUUUGAUGUGCGGGACUUUGGAAAGGUUAUGGACACAUUGUCCAAACUGUCCCACACCACGAUUUCAGAACAAACUGGAAUAAAGGCUUUUCCUUCAGAGGAGAGUCUAGAAGAAGAUGAGGACAUCUAUAAUCACCUAGAAGACUUGAUUGAUGAGAAAGGCGUGGAGGACGAGGAGGAUCUUUAUGACUGUGUCUAUGAUGAUGAAGACGGAGGAGAGAUCUAUGAAGAUCUGAUGAAGGCUGAAGCCGUCCGUCCUCCUCUGAAGCAGGUAGAGACAGACAUCAGGAGCUGCUGUCUGACAGAGAUCAAGCAGACUGAGGAGAAGUACACAGAGACUCUGGACUCCAUAGAGAAGUAUUUUAUGGCACCUCUUACGACAUUCCUGUCCUCAGAGGAGAUGAAGAAAGUGUUUGUCAACAUUCCGGACCUGGUUAAGGUUCACAAGAGUCUCAUGGUGGAGAUCCAAGACUCUGUCCGCCAUAAAAGUGCUCAGAACAUCUACCAGAUCUUCAUCCACUACAAAGAGAGAUUGCUAAUAUAUGGGAAAUACUGUAGCCAUGUAGAAACGGCCAUCGUUGCUUUGGAUGACAUCUGCAAACACAGAGAAGACAUCCGGAUGAAGCUGGAGGAAUGUGCAAAGAGAGCCAAUUAUGGAAAGUUUACACUGAGGGAUCUGCUAGUGGUCCCUAUGCAGCGGGUACUCAAGUAUCAUCUUCUUCUACAGGAAUUAGUGAAACACACUCACGAUGCGGCUGACAAGAGCAAUUUGCGGCUGGCGCUGGAUGCCAUGAAGGACCUGGCUCAGUACGUCAAUGAAGUGAAGAGAGACAACGAGACUCUGAGAGACAUAGCCCAGUAUCAGAAAUCCAUCGAAAACCUUAAUCAGUCUCUUAGUACCUAUGGGAGACCAAAAGGAGACGGAGAGGUACGCGUUACCUCAAUCGACAAACGUGCCAAACAGGACCGGCACAUCUUCCUGUUCGAUGCUGCUGUGAUCGUCUGUAAGAGGAGAGGAGACAACUAUGAGAUGAAGGAGGUGAUCGACCUGCACCACUUCAAGAUCACCAACAACCCCACGUCAGAUAAGGAGAACAGGAAGUGGUCCUAUGGGUUCUACCUGACACACAACCAGGGGCAGAGUGGCUUCGAGUUGUUCUUCAAAACCAAGGAGCUGAAGAAGAAAUGGCUGGAGCAGUUUGGCAUGGCCAUAUCCAACAUACGUCCAGAGAAUGGCACCAGUAACUUCCAUGAGUUCAAGAUGCACACCUUCGACAGAAUUACAUCCUGUAGCUACUGCCACAUGCUGCUAAGGGGUAUCUUUAACCAGGGGUACCUUUGCUCCAAGUGUGGUGUUGGAGCCCAUAAGGAAUGUCUGGGGAGGUUUGGCAGCUGUGGAAAAACAGAUCCGGGCUCCUUCAGAACUCAGGAAAAAUCAGUGCAAGGACAGCGCUCAGAUCCAGGGUUACCUAAGAUGUUGGUGACCAGGAACUAUUUUGGCGUGCCAAGUCCCAUAUGUGGCCCGCCCCUCAACAUCCAGCAAGGUGACAUCAUCGAGCUGGUCUGUGCCGAUCUACACAGCUCCUGGUGGCAGGGCAAAAUUCUGGCGACGAGAGAGGUCGGCUUCUUUCCAAGUGACGCCGUGAAGCCGUGUCCAUGUGUCCCCAAACCUGUCGACUACUCCACACAACCUUGGUUUGCUGGGCCCAUGGAGAGACUUCAGGCUGAGGCAGAGCUGAUCAACAGAGGGAACAGCACCUACCUGGUCCGCCACCGGAGCCGCGAGUUCACAGAGUACGCCAUCAGCAUCAAGUACAGCAAUGACGUGAAGCACAUCAAGAUCCUGACCAGAGAUGCCUGCUUCCACAUCGCUGAGAACAAGAAGUUCAGGAGUAUAUUAGAACUAAUUGAGUACUACAAACACCAUUCAUUGAGGGAAGGCUUCAGAAGCCUGGACACCACACUGCAGUUCCCCUACAGAGAGCAGGAGAAUGCUGCUAUGCUCCACACCAACAGACCCGGAGGAAACAUGUUCACCCCUAAAGUGAUGGGUGUGGCGAUAGCCCGCUAUGACUUCAGCUCCAGGGACACCAGAGAGCUGUCUCUACAGGAGGGCGACGUAGUCAAGAUCUACACCAAGUCAGGAGCCAAUGGCUGGUGGAGGGGAGAGGUCAGCGGCAGGGUGGGCUGGUUUCCAUCUACCUAUGUGGAAGAAGGAGAGGAGUGAGAAAGAAAAAUACUGUUUGGUUUAGUACUGGACCCUCUAUGGUUGAUCUGACAGCUUGCUGAGAUGGGACUUCCUUAUCUGGGAUUCCAGCCCUCCUAUUGGCUGUUAAGUCAGUGACGUCCCAGAGACCUUUGGGAAAAGAGGGGGUUCUCGAUGGACUAGUUACUGGUUCUCUCUGCAACAGACCAAUGACUGGUUCUCUCUUCAACAGUCUAGUGACUGGUUCUCUUUGCAACAGUCUAGUUACUGGUUCUCUCUGCAACAGACUAAUGACUGGUUCUCUCUUCAACAGUCUUGUGACUGAAUCUCUCUGCAAAUUACUAAUGACUGGUUCUCUCUGCAACAGACUAAUGACUGGUUCUCUCUGCAACAGACUAAUGACUGGUUCUCUCUGCAACAGACUAAUGACUGGUUCUCUCUGCAACAGACUAGUGACAGGUUCUCUCUGCAACAGACUAGUGACUGGUUCUCUCUGCAACAGACUAAUGACUGGUUCUCUCUGCAACAGACUAAUGACUGGUUCUCUCUGCAACAGACUAAUGACUGGUUCUCUCUGCAACAGACUAAUGACUGGUUCUCUCUGCAACAGACUAGUGACAGGUUCUCUCUGCUCUGCUCCACCAGUUCAACAGCUUUGUUGUCAGCAGGGGAAGGACCUUUGCCAGAAACCAGCUCUCUCCUUCCGUCCCUCUCUUCCUCUCUCCCUCUGUCAAUACUGCUACCGCAAGUUGUCACUGAAAUAUUUAAAUGCUGCCCAUCCAUCCAUCCAUUUAUCCAUCCGUCCACACCACCCAGAAUAUAGCUAAGACUGUCUAAGGAUUUGGAAAAGUGAAAGAGAAAAGAGAGGGAGAGAGAAGAGACACACACACACAGGGUGGCAGGUAGCCUUGUGGUUUGAGCACUGAAAGGUUGCUAGUUCGAGUCCCCAAGCCGACAAGGAAAAAAAUCUGUCAAUGUGACAUUGAGCAAGCUACUUAACCCUAAUGCUGUCAUGAAACGCCUCCCACACCCAUCCUCACAGAUUACAAUCUCUGCCACUGAACAUGACACACGCACAGGUUGACGUUUAUUGGGAUGAAUCUGGUCCUGGAGGCAGAGCUGAGCGGGUUUCGUUAGCUGGUCCAGCCACAAAGUCAAAAUUGUUUAUAUAAUUAAAAAUAUUAGCUUUUUGGUCUUAAUUUAGGGUUAGGCACAAGGUUAGCAGUGGGAUUAAGGUUAGGGUUAAAAUUAGGGAUUAGAGAUUUUAUGACUUUGUGGCUGUGGCAGCUAGUGACCACCUUACAGAGCUGCCUCUAGUACAUGAGUCAUCCCAGUAAAUACCAACCUGCCACACACACAAAAGAUGAGAGAGAGGGAUGUUGGGGGAUAUCAUCGCCACCCCGCCCCUCAUGUUCUCAUCUCUCCAGCUGUACAGCAGGCUGGGUUCGGGGCUGUCGCUGUGGGUUGAUCUGAUAGGGACCUGGCUGGUUUGUCAGGGAACAAGCUAGUAAUGUGAUGCUACCCUACAAUGGACGUAAGAGGUCCCCGCUCUCACUUCUCUCUCUUCUUUCUCCACUCUUUCUCUUCCUUCUGACAGAAAACAAAAGGGAAUACUCUGAUUGGCCUGUAAACACAGUCUCCUGUUACCCCUACUGAUGGGGCCUCCAGCCCUCUGUCUUUUGUAUCUUUCUUUCUUCCUCUCUCUUUCUCCCUUUCUCUUUCUCCCUCUCUCUUUCUCCCUCUCUCUUGGUCUCUCUCUCUCUCUCUUUGUCUCUCUCUCUUUCUCUCUCUCUCUUUGUCUCUCUCUCUUUCUCUCUCUCUCUUUGUCUCUCUCUCUUUCUCCCUCUCUCUUUCUCCCUUUCUCUUUCUCUUCUAUUAACCCCCACUUUUCCCCCCUUUCUUCUUCUCCUUUUCUCUCUCCACUCUCCCCUCCCCUCUCCCCAGAAGGGGGUUUCCAGUAGACGUUCCAGGCAGUGCCUUUCUUCCUUCAUAAUCCUCUAAUGUGAGGGAUUUAGCAACAUUUGAGGGAAUAAUGACUUCACUCAGAAACACACUCAGGCAGGCGGACCAGGCCGUAUAAUAAUGUAAAAGUCACCACAGACAGUGCAGUGUAAUAGUCAGUAGUCUGAACCCUCUGACUUUGAUUGACAGGUUUAUGCUAUGCCACAGUGUGUUCAUUUCCGUUCUGUGAGGUGAUAGUUCAGGUGGUGGCGUCUGGGAGGAGAGCUGCAGGACAAAGACACACGCGGGCACAAACACACACACACCGCACAGCCAUAACCGUCUUCAGUUCACCCAUUCAAUACCCAUACAUACUGCAUAGUAUAAUAUUGAAUGAUCAUACAAUACAUACGUGAUGUAUAUAUUAUUAUAACGAUUAUAUUGUGCAACAAAACAUAUGCAAUCAUCAGGGUUAUAACUAUAAAGGGGAGGUAUUCAAUGCCUCAGCAAUGUCCCUGUCUUCUGGGUCGUAUUCACUAGGCACCAAAUGGGAGCAAGCAGACUUAAACAGAAAGGGACUACCUGUACAAUAAUCAACGCUCAUAUUCGUUGUCAAUUGUCUUGCUACGGUGUGUGCACUAAUGAAUACGACCCUGCUGUCUUCCUGUGGUUCUUUUGUGUGUUGAUGCUGGUCAUUGAGGCACAAAAUGGAUUAUGAUGUGAAUCUGGUCCUCAGAAUGCUGGGAAAUGUAGUGUUUUACAAUACUGUAUGUCGCAAGGGAAAGUAGUGUUUGAACUCUAGUAAGGAAUCAGUGGAGUGAAAGACUGUCCUCUCCUGUGACUCUCCUGUGACUCUCCUGUGACUCUCCUGUGACUCUCCUGUGACUCUCCUGUGACUCUCCUGUGCUUAUUUGAACUGUUUCCCACCACAAUGGCAUUAUGCUUUUUUGAAGUGAAGGCAGCUCAAAUUCCAGCUGAACUAUUGGUUUUAUUUGUUUUAAUGUGCAAGCCAUCUGGAUAAUGUCUUGAUAUGAUGAAAUGUGUAUAAGAGAUGUCUUUUUUAUUUUUGAAUUGUUUUGAUGGAAUGUGAUAGUGUGUAUACAGGUUCCAUUGUGAAGUGUCCCCAUCCACCCCUACUCUGUUUUCUAACUGCAGUGCAUGUUAGCUACCACCAGAUGGCAGCAGCAUAAGCACAUCUUUCCCCUCACCGCUUUCUCUGCAUGUCUCUCCUCCAGCUUCAACCAUGCUUUUACUUAUGGUCUCUUCCUAUGACAGUGUGGACUGGGGGUUGUUUGAAUUCAUUAUGAGAUGAUUUGGGAGUUGCUUUUAAAAUGAUAGCCCCACCGUAGACAUAACAGAGAGAACAUUUCCGGUUGCAACCAGGCUUUUGAAGCAUGGGAUCAAGUAAUCUACUAACACAGAGAGAUACCAACAGCCUUUCUAAGCAUGGGAUCUAGUAAUCUACUAACUCAGAGAGAUACGAACAGCCUUUCUAAGCAUGGGAUCUAGUACUCUACUAACACGGAGAGAUACGAACAGCCUUUCUAAGCAUGGGAUCUAGUAAUCUACUAACACAGAGAGAUACGAACAGCCUUUCUAAGCAUGGGAUCUAGUAAUCUACUAACUCAGAGAGAUACGAACAGCCUUUCUAAGCAUGGGAUCUAGUAAUCUACUAACACAGAGAGAUAUGAACAGCCUUUCUUAACAUGGGAUCUGGUAAUCUACUCCCCCACCUUUUCCACGAGAGGUGAACUCCGGCGGUAAGGGGUUUACACUAGCAGGGCUUCUUCCUUCCCUGUGUGUGUCUUUAUCCUCUACCCAGAGAGAACAGAAUAAAGCCUCAGGGGUAUCAAUGAUCUGAUCUCUACACUAUCUUUCCUCACCUAGCACACCCACUACAUCCAACAAUCUGUUCAUUUCUCUCUCUCUCCCUCUUACUAUGCCCUUCCUCCAUCUUGCCCUCUAUAUCUAACUCUCUUUCUCUGUUUCUCUGUAUUCUCUCCCUGUCCCUGUUUCGGUGAAGUGGGUGAAACCCAGCACUGUAUCUUCAUACCAGGAUAGGAUAUACACUAUAUACUCUGUUAUAUUGUAAAAUAGAGAGGAGAUGUUUCAGGUGUUUCAGUCUACUCCACCAGACAGCCACAUACACAUACAGACUUCUUUUAAGUCUUUUGUAGCUGAAACAACCAUCAUCUCACCGGUAGUCAUGGACAAGCUGUUAAAGCCUUUGCUUACAGAUAAGAAGCCAUAGUUAUAUUGAUCGACAACAGAGCGGUCUGCUGUCUGCACUGUGUCUCUCCGCUGUGUCACUCUGUAUAGUGCAUUGUUCACCUUGUUAGAACAUAAUUUAUGAAGCCAAAUAUGUCUACAGUACCUAUGUUUGACAUUCUGGAGUCUAAACACCAUGGCAACCUGCCACUGUGGCCUAACUAACCUAUAGCCGUGCAAUCUGAGUUCAGAGUGGAACAUAACCACAUAGUAUUGUAUCAUACUGUAAAUAUGUAAAUAUCACACAAUAAACACAAAUGUAUAUGGCUUCUUUUUAAUAUCA